UUCUUCUUUUGUUCGUGCUGGGUUUGAGUUGCAGUCUUCAAUUGCAUUCAAAGAGCCACUUGCAUAACCAAUCUUUGCCUCAUUACUUCAGAAAUCCGAACGCAGUGCAACACAACAACAAACCACCUCAUUCUAAAAUCGACACGCUAACCGUCAUCUUCACUUCUUCGUCGUUUUUGUAGAACUUAGAUGCGCGCCUCCACCAUAAGAAAACUAUGCACCCUCAGUACCCUAUUUCGCCGUCACUCAACACGGAAAGCCAAGGCACUUGCCUCUUCCCCUUCCGUUUCCAUUUCUGAGCACAAUGCUUCUGAGUUCAACCACUCUUCUAUGAACCUCAACCGUGUCCCUUCUCGAGGUGCAGAGGAUUCUCCUGAUGAUGAUAAUACGUCUUCCGAGGUUUCUUCUAUAUUGUACAGUCCAUCUCUGGCAGAGGAACCUGUUGUCGUGAAAGAGGAACCUGUUGUUGAAGAAGUUGACUAUGGCAAAGCAAAAAUGGAAAAAGUAAUAGAUUUCACGUGGUCUCCUAAUCUGUCUGCUGGCGACCAUUUGUUUAGACAGAAGGGUGUAGCCCAUGAGAGGAAAAGCAAAUGGAUUUUUAAACUCGUCAGCGAAGAUCGUUUUGAUAGGUUAGUUAAAAUGUGUGCGAAAAGACUAGGAACAGAGGUGGCCUUUGAUGUGUUUCGUCAGCUGGGUCGAGAGACUGAUGUGAAAGAGUUCAAUGCAUUAAUAAAGAUGAGUAUACAGAAGGCAAGGACUACUAAUAAUGAAUAUGUUGCCAUAGAAGAAUUGAGUAAGGCUUUUCGCCUUUUAGAAAAUAUGAAGGAGUGCGGUUAUAAGCUAGAAGAGGAAACGUACCAACCACUGCUUAGGUAUGCCAUAGACAUGGGCAUGGUUAAAGAGUUUCAACUUUUCUCUGAUGUGGUCAGAGCUGAGAAUCCCUGUUCAGUUUCACGGUUGGCUUACUAUGAAAUGUUGCUGUGGAUAAGAGUUGAAGAUGAAGAAAUGAUUCGAGAUAUUUGUGAAUAUAUUACCGUAGAAGAUGACCAAGACACUUCUGCUAUGCGAGAAAAUUACUUAUUGGCUCUUUGUGAAAGUGAUCUGAAAAUCCAGAUUACAGAUGCAUUGAAAAAUAUAGAUAUAACAAUGCUUUCAUCUGCAAAAUCUAUAGCAAGUGUAUUUCAAUCAUUAGGAAGGCUACAGUUGGAAUCUCUUGCCAAGAAUUUACUUUUGGAUUUGAGAGCACGAGAUUUUGAUGAAGAAGAUAUUUCAGGCUUCAUUGCUGAUUAUGCUGUUAGCAUUCCAAAUUUAGCGGUUGAAGAUAUCAUCUCAAAAUUCAAGAGUUUGCAUGAUCUAUUGGAAGUUUUACAUUCAUCGUCAUCAUAUGAAAAGCUGAUUAUGUAUUGCUGUGAUUUAGAUAUAUGAGUAUCAUUUGGUUACAAGAGCCUCUUCCAUCAGAUUGAAAAAGGAUGGUAGAGUGAAAAUGAUAACAUGACCUAUAGAAUCCCUGGAGUGCACUGAAGCACUUCUCUUGGCAUCAUCCUUUGCCUGACCAUAAUAUGAAGAGCAAACUUUGGACAAGAUGAUGAAUGGUAAUCUGUUUAUUCAUGUAUUUAAAAAGAAGUCAAUGAAUAAAGUAAUUUUUUCAUAUAAUUUAUUCUUAGUCUUGUCAUAAC